AUCGGGAGAAUAUGUUGGACAGAAUGGCCCAAACAAAAAUUCCUUUCAUCCUUGGCACAACAUUAGUGCUGUGCAUGUUUUUUUGCUGCAGAACGACUCAGCAAGCAGAGACGACCUACAUGGUCGGCGAUGACAGAGGUUGGACCUUUGGCGUCAGUGACUGGCCUGAUGGGAAGAGCUUCAAGGCCGGCGAUAUACUUGUGUUUAUGUAUGAUCGGGCCAAACACGAUGUGGUGGUUGUCCGAGAUCAUGAUCAACAUGAUUAUGAUUCAUGCACUGUCCCAGAGGUUCUCGCCGGAUGGUAUCAGACAGGAUAUGAUGAGAUCAAGCUUGAACAAGGAAUAACAUUUUUCAUCAGCUCCUAUCCUCAAAACUGUGCAUCCGGAAUGAAGCUGGCUAUAAAUAUUACUGCUUGAUCAGGAACCACAUCUAUAUAUACGUACGUACAUACGGCGUGGGUCUGACAUAGCCAGAUAUGCAUGCAUGCUAUUCGAUCGAUCGUUUUGCUUUAAGUUUUCAAGAACUUAUACAAAUGUAUUUGAUUAUGAUAACUCUUUACUGCUGUCUUGAACUAAGUAAUAUUAGAAUUUGAGUGGAAUAUUGUAUGUGUUGUGUGCCUCGAAUGUUGAUAAAAAGUGAUUUGUUUUUAACCUUUUAA